GCUGUGAUCGAAGGCUCGAGGAGUUGAGGCUCGGGUGGGGCGCGUUCUGCUGGUCUGCUGACACACUGGCUCAGUCGGCCGCCGGUCGCCGAGUGGCAAGCAUCGAUUUUCCUCACACGGCUCUACGAGUAACACCAAAGAUGCAUAUUGAAGUACAAGUGGCGCUAAACUUCGUCAUAUCGUAUCUAUAUAACAAGCUGCCAAGGCGGCGGGUGAACAUCUUCGGGGAAGAACUGGAGAAGGCGUUAAAAGACAAAUUCCGGGGUCACUGGUACCCCGACCGGCCGUGCCGAGGGUCGGCGUUCAGGUGUCUGAAGACGGGCGGUCCUUUAGACCCGGUUUUGGAACGCGCGGCGCGGGAAUCCGGUGUACCUGUACGAGAUGUCCUUGAACACCUUCCACGGGAUCUCGCUGUGUGGGUUGAUCCAGGAGAGGUGUCAUACCGCAUCGGAGAGAAGGGCGCAGUGAAGGUUCUUUUCAGCAGCGACGAACGCGCCGCGGACGAAAGGACCGAUCGAGAGGUGACCCGCGCCUUCAACCCGGAGGCGCAGUGCUUCCGGCCCGUGGAGCCGGCGGCCGCGCCGUCGCCGCCCGCGCCCGCCGCCUUCUCGCCGGGCCCGCCGUUCCGCGCGCAGCCGCUCACCUUCACCACGGCCACGUUCGCGCAGACCAAGUUCGGCAGCACCAAGCUCAAGACGAGCAGCAAGCGCGCCAACCGCAUGUCGCCCACCGAGUUCAGCAACUACAUCAAGCAGCGCGCCGUGCAGCAGCAGCUGGCGGCGCGCGCGCUGUCGCCGGCCACCGACCCCGCCGCCUACUUCCUGGCGCGGCGCGAGGCGCCCGGCGCGCCGCCCGCGCACCUGCUGCUCGCCAACUGAGCCGCGCCGGCCCGCGCGGUCCGCUCAUAGAGUCUUUACUUUUUUACGAGAGACGCGCGCCGCGAUUUAUUUUUUUAUUUUCCGCGGGGGCGUCCCGCGCCGCCCGCCGCUUGUGAUAUCCGUACGAUUUUCCAUAACUUUUUGUAUUCUCGUUCGUUACGUCGAUGUGUAAAUUUAUCGAUAGGAGCGACGAUCGGCCGAGCGACUCGCCGGCGAUUUAUUUUCGUACUAUUUAAAGCCGAGUCGAGUUUUAGAUGUCUUCGUUCGAUAUCGAUAUAAUAUUCGUAGUUUAAGGGAGCGAAGGGCCGAGAGGCCGCGUGCGCUUACGACGACGUACCUUCUAGAGCGAGCCUGUAUACAUACGUCCUCCGAUCUAAAUAAAUACUAAUAUUUAAAUAUGUAUACAUUAUAAUAUAUAUUCGUACGCAAAUUGUCUAAUUUUUCACGUGGAUACGAAAGGCCAAUAGAGAAAUUAUACGUAUUUUUAAUAUUGAAAAUGAAAUUCAUACUAUCUAAGUAAAUAGCGUACUGGUAUGUAUUAUACGCGAGUAAUAAAUGUUUGCAUAUCCGGUCGGACGCGGUCGGACGGCGCGGCGGCCGCCCGAAGGCGUCGGAGAUCUCACCUAGUGUAAUCAUCACUUGUACGAUUGUACCCUUAUAAUAAUUAUGAUAUACAUACAAUAUUAUAGGAUUAGCUACGUUUCAAUCUAACAGUAUUUUUUUAAGAAGAUAUUAGUCCUCGUGUACAUUGCCUGCCGACCGCGCCGCGGCGGCUGGCCUUAGUCUGUAUGGUAUAUUUAUAUAAUAAUAUUGUUAUAAAAGACAUGGAUAUGGAUAAAUGAUAGAAAAAAUAUUUCUCAAUUCAUAAUCUAACGGGUGCAUGCAAAUUCAUGGAAAAUAAAGUUCUAUGUGUUAUUUAUCUUUUUUAUAUUUCACUCGGCGAUCGAGUUCAGUGUUUCAAUCGAGGUCGAUGUUAGCGAUAGGUAAUUGCUUAGGUACGCGAUACGCGCGAUGCGGGUAGUCAGCUUGUCGUCGGUUGCGAGUUGCCGCCGUCGCGUCGGUGUCCAGUGACGUCACACGUCAGUCGCCAAUGUGGAUCCACACUGAGUGCACGUCUAGGCAAAAUUACAUACAUUUGAUACGUUUAUAAAACUGUAAAAUUCGCUUCAAAAUUAUUAGAUUAUAAAUAUUAAAUUAAGUUCGAGGCACACCGUAUGGAUUCACGUUAGAUUAGAUGCACAACGAUGACAAGUUGUAUACGGAGUUGUGCAACUAUUUUUUUACUAUUUUUAUAUUUUGAUUUAGAUUAAGUCUAGUUGUAUGAUUUCAGUACCUUUAAUGAUAUGUACUUUAUUAAUGUCCUAUUCUUAUUAAAUUACGUAACGUAAUUGUAGGAACUCGAUUGAAAAACUGGCCAAAACGCUCCAGUAUUUUGUAGAUAAAAUCUAUAAUGUAAGUUUAAUAUAAUACAACUAGUGUAAUGAGAUUUUUUAUUAAUAAAGAUACUUUUUAUUUUUCUUUCUUUUGUAAGAUAUAUUCGAUGGAAGUGUUAAAGAUAGUAAUAUAUUUGCAUAAUAAUAUAGUUAAAGCGGUUCUCCUGUCCGCUAAUAUAAUUAGUCAAUAAUAAUUUUUCAUAUUGUUGUACGACUUUUUAAGUUUAUAUUAAAAUGUUUUGUGCAAUCUA